AUGGAGGUUAAUAAUGCAGUGAAAACUAAAAUCAGUGCGGAUGUAAAUGGGGAAAAGAUGGCCUUUGAUCGAUUUCAUAAUACAGGAACAGACUCGUACUACUCCCCUGAUAAGAAUGAUUUUACUGAAGACAAUGGAGGCCCGUGUCAGCCUUUCACCACGGAUCUGAACACAGAUUUUUCCCUAAAUCUACUACCCUACAAUACCUGGUCAACCCAAGAUGACCCUAAUCAACUGAUCAAUUCUGCUCAAGGAAUCCCCCCAAACAGGAAUCUUAUAGAUGGAAAUGACUGUAGAAGUGAAGCUGAUCUCUAUGGAUUAGUGUCCACUAUCUUGGAGGAAGUGGAUCCAAUGGACUUCUCACAGGAGAAAUCGCCUGGUCUUAGAAAUGUGUGGUCCCCGAAGGCAAAGAAGGAGGAUAACUCACUGUACCCUAAUUGUGACAUAAAUAUGCAGUCCAGCUCUGGUAGCCAGCAUAGCCGGCUCUGUCCUGAGCCCAUCAACAAAACACCCACACAGCCAGCCGGAAGAGACUACAACCAAAGCACGGACAUUUAUCAGCAUUUCAAUGGUUUUGAUGCUGCCGACCCAACCUGGCUCUUCUCAACUUGCAAUGGAGACUCUGAAUCCUAUACACCACUGGUCCAAAACUUAAAAAGACCUCCUCCUGGUCUUAGUAUCCCCCUUGCUGUGAGCAGCUUCAUGUCCAAGAGCAGGCCAGGUAAAAGCGAGCUUGGCAUGCCUGGUAAGCAAAACAGCUUCUGCAGUUCCAGUAAUGCCCUCUCUGAGAACACGGACUCCUGCUGCCUUCCGAACAAAAUGAAUGACUCUUUCUUUAGCAUGUACCAAGACUUCUCUUUGCUGGGCAGAUCCAAAAUAGGAAAGAGCAGGCCCUUCUCAGUGCAGGAUGCCAACAAGCUGACCAAUGACAUGCAGGCCGUUCUGAUGGGGGAACAGGUGGGUGUCUAUAAUGGAGAACCAGUGGAGGACAGUCCCAUGAGGGUUCAGGAUGAAAAUAUGGUUCACCUGAACAGUCUACCAUUCCAGAGAAUGUCAGCAUUUGUUUCUCCUGCACCUCAUGUAAAAGAGAUGACGCUGAGCGUGAGGGAACAAAGAGCAGGUGAAGUUGGGAACAAGACUCAGCUCUUACAGAGUGAUUACACCACUAAUGAUUUUUCUGGGUUUGGGCUGCAGUCAGAUCUAUUUCAGGCUGCUAAAUCCUUUACCCCACCCUUUGGUUUUCCAACCUCACACCAGGGCAAAGAGGUUGACCAGAGAGAAACUAGGGCACCGCAGACUAGUCUUAGCCAGUACCAUAACGGCCAGUUGAACCAGUACAAGAGUCAACCCAAACUUGCAGGCAAGGCCAGCUUCAACACUGACACCCCUGGGAUAUCCAAGCUCAUGUCCCAAUCUGUGGCUGAGUUUGUUCCAUCCCUGUCCUCCCAACAGAUGCAGGGACCCCCGGCUAGAAUCCUCAAGGAUUUUGAGGUGGGUGAUGAGCUGACGACGCAAGGAAGGAUUGGUCAGGCAGGCCUGGGAUUGGGUCUGGAGGGACUAAGAAAGGUAGCAGGCAGUGGAGACUUCAACCUGCAGCAGGAGAAGAGCAGGCAGCAGACAGGCAUGGACACAGUCUUUAUGGUUGAAGGGAACUCCUCUCAGUGGUUUGGAGCAAAACCCAAACCCCCAAUAGGCUUUCAGCGGGAGACAGAGAAGAAACAAGGCCUUCUUGAGAACCCAUAUCAGAUGCUAGGCAGUAUAUAUGCUGGUCAGACCAGACACAAUGGAACUGGUUCAAACCAAGCCAACUCUGCACCAUCCCAAGUGCUUCCUUACCUUUAUCAGGCAGGCGAUCCCCGACAGAACCUAUGCCACUUGCUGUCUUCCCGCUCCCCACUGGCCUAUGGCAGCUCUGUGCCUCUCACGGAGAUGAGUGAGCUGCUUCCAGAUGGUGAAUUUCCUACCUUAAACCCAUACUUGCAGGAGCUGACUGUGCCAGGACUAACUGGAGGAGAUGGACCUUUCCCUGGGUUUCUGUCCAACAUGAGGUCACAAAGUCUUGGCAAGAGUCUUGGAGCCCCCAUGAGCCAGCUGCACUAUUAUCUGGAGGAGUGCUAUGAACAAUGGAGAAUGAUGGAGAAGGAGAGAAAGAUGACGGAGUCUCUCCUCAUGAAAAGCUACCCAGGCAAACGUGUGUCUGCGGCGAACAGUAACUCUCUCCCCAAGAUGCCUCUUAACCCCUCCAGAGUGGACAGGCUCAUAGUGGAUCAGCUUCGAGAGCAGACCAAGGUGGUGAGCUUGUUGGGGAAGAUGGAGCGCUUGCGUAGUUUCCCCCUCCAUGCUAAUAUCAGCUCAGUGCUUGACAGGCACCUGGAAGCCAUCUAUGUUACCCAGGCCCGGCGCAAAGAUGAGCUCAAUCGCAACAGCAGACAGAGACAGGGCCCAGCCUACCUCCGAGAGGAUAGAGAAGUCCUUCUUUUGGCCUCUGCUCUGAAGGACCUGAUCGCCAGCACCAGGAAGUCUCGCACAGCUGUGUGGUGCGCUCUGCAGAUGACCUUACCCAAAACCAACACCAGCCCUGAUGAUGGAGCCGAGGCGAGCGCCUGUUUGCCUUCAGGACAGCAUAGUCCUGACCAGAUUGCCCCUGAUCCCCAACCACUCUGUGACCUGUGA